AUGGGUAGAAUUUGCUCUUACAAAAUCUUCCUAUGUUGUAAGCCACCAGAAUUUGUGGGGUCGGACGAUCCCGUGGCGUGCAUGAAUUGGCUCCGGGAAAUCGAGCAAGCCUUUCGGGCUUGUGACUGUGACGAGGGACAAAAAGUGAAGUUUGGCUCUCAAAUGCUGAGGGGUGCAGCUCUUACCUGGUGGAACAUUGUCAUCUCGACUAUCGAGGUUACUAAAUUGACCAAGAUGAGUUGGACCACAUUCAAGGAAAAAAUGAUGGAAGAAUAUUGCAAUGAACAGGAGAUGGAUCGUAUCAAAGAAGAAUUCCGAACCCUAAAGAAGGGAAAUUUAUCAGUAAGGGACUACACCCGACUCUUCAUGGAAAAACUAAACUUGGUGGGACACGUGACCCCAAUGGAGAAAGGUAAAAUGAAGGCUUACAUUAAAGGACUACCUGCAGAAAUGAUGGUAAUGGUUAGGAAAUCAAGAGCUUCCACCCUCAGGGAGGCGAUCGAAGAAGCCAAGGUCUUGGAAUCAGUUUUUGUUAAGGGAAAAGAAGAAAGAAUGUCGAGUGGUGAGAAGAGGAACUGGGAAGGGCCCUACGCACCAUCCAAAAGGCCAAAUCACUUUAGCAACAACAAUCGCUGA